AUGGAGUACGGCCAGGAGCGGGUGGUCGCCCUGGUGGACAUGGACUGCUUCUACGUGCAGGUGGAGCAGCGGCUGAACCCUGCCCUGGCGAACAAGCCCUGUGUGGUGGCCCAGUACAAGACGUGGAAGGGAGGCGGAAUCAUCGCUGUGAGUUAUGAGGCCAGAGCCCACGGUGUCACCAGGAACAUGUGGGUGGACGACGCUAAAAAGCUAUGCCCAGAACUGGAGGUGGCCCGAGUGCGGGAGUCUCACGGCAAGGCAGAUCUCACACAUUAUAGGGAAGCAAGUGUGGAGGUGAUUGAAGUGAUGUCCCGGUUUGCUGUUAUUGAGCGGGCGAGUAUUGAUGAGGCCUACAUGGAUCUCACCUCUGCGGUCCAACAGCGACUGAAGGAAACGGCGGACAAGCAAUUUGACCCGUGUCUCCUGCGGACCACCUACGUCCAGGGAUACCCACACAACGCUCCAGAGGAGGAGUCAGGUUCAGCCCCGGAUCAAGACAAAGAAGCUGAGAGGUCCAGAGGUCUCGAGCAGUGGCUGUCUUCCAUAACUACCUCUCAGUGCACUUCUGAGGCACAGCUUUCCCUGGGAGCCAUGAUUGUAGAGGAAAUGAGAGCUGCGGUGGGGAAAGACACAGGGUUCAGUUGUUCGGCAGGAAUAGCUCACAAUAAGGUGCUGGCCAAAUUAGCAUGCGGACUGAAUAAACCAAAUCGUCAAACGAUUCUGCCGAUGGAGUCUGUGCCUGAGCUCUUCAACUCUCUGCACAUCAGCAAAAUCCGUAACCUUGGAGGAAAACUUGGCACAUCAAUUACUGAAACCUUGGGAGUAGAGAAUAUGGGAGACCUCACACAGUUUUCACAAGCUCAGCUGGCGCAACACUUUGGAGAAAAGACAGGCCCGUGGCUCUAUGACCUGUGCAGAGGGAUAGAGUUUGAACCAGUGAAGCCCAGGCAGCUGCCCAAGUCUAUUGGUUGCAGUAAGAAUUUUCCAGGAAAAACAUCACUGGCUACAAAGGAGCAGGUGCAAUACUGGCUUCAUCAGCUGGCCCUGGAGCUGGAGGAGAGGCUAACGAAAGACAGGGAUGUGAACGGUCGAGUGGCAAAACUUCUAACUGUCGGAGUACGUCAACUCGGGGAUAAGCGGUCAAGCAGUUUCUCUCGCUGUUGUGCCUUGGUCCGCUACGAAGCAGGCAAACUUUCAAGUGAUAGUUUUGCCAUCAUUAAAAGCCUCAACACAGCAGGAAACCAACAACAAACCUGGACUCCGCCCCUCACCUUGCUUCACCUGUCGGCGAGCAAAUUCAACGACGCACCCACGUCCGGGGGCAUUGCCGGCUUUUUCUCGAGCGAUGUCUCCGCUUCACAGAAUGUUUUUGCCUCCACACAAUCCACAAACCCGGCGCCCUGUGAAGUGAGAAAUAGCACAGCGCCCAAGAGAGCGGGAAGCAUUCAGGCCUUGUUUCAAAAAUCUGUCGAGAAACAUAAACGUCAACCGUCAGAACAGACACAAGAAGAGGAGGAGAAAGACGCUGAAGCUUCCACGCAAAUAGCCUCAACCUCUGAGUCUCAGGGCGUGUUUACAAGUAGGAGUAGUUUCAGUUCUGGUUCACCUAAGCCCAAAAGUAGCAUCUCUUCUUUCUUCAGCAAGAAACAAAUGGAAAGAAGUGUGCAACCGCCGUGUGCUGCAGAGGACUCAGACACAUUACCACCUCUUGACCCGCUUUCUAACUGUGAUUCUAAAGACGAGACGGCCAAAAGUUUAUUUCAUUCAGUGUCCAAAGAUUUCAAAAUCCAAUUAGACAACGACAGAAAUUAUGAUUUGAUUUCCAAUUCUGCAAACAUCGACAAAGAAGACUUGUGUCGGUGUGAAAAGUGCGGGAAAGAGGUGGUGGUUUGGGAAAUGCCCGAACACAUAGACUUUCACUUUGCAAUGGAGCUCCAGAGCUCGUUCUCAGCCUCUCCCUCCUUUGUGCCCCCCCUCAGAGCAGGGCCAGCAGCUGGGAAAACAAAGAGCAGAGGUCAGACUGGACCACAAGCCAAACGACCCCGGUCUGGCGGAAACACUGGAACUUUGGAUUCUUUUCUCAAAAAAAGCUGA